CAAUCUGGCAGUAGACCCUCGAGGAAACGGAUCCAAUAUAAAAUAAACGUCAAAAAUGUUACUGGCGCUGUUGCUGUUGGACCUCAUGCAAGUGCGGGGAUCAAAGGUGAUGAAGAAGUUCCUACUGAGACCGGACAAUAUCCAGACAAUUCCGGAAGUGAAGAAACGAUCUCUAUGUCCAAGUGGUCAAACGAAGAUUACUUCGAGAAUCCGGAAAAAUUCAUCCAAGACAUGGAUGACAACGCUGGUCCACUCAAAGACGCCAAAGAAGACUUCCUUCUCCAUAGCAUCCUUCCCUAUCUAGAAAAAACGUGGGGUAAAUGUCCCUCUUCCAACGAAGAAGUAUACGAGAACCUCGCCAAAAUUUCUUGCAGCGCAAAAUGUGCCAAAGUCGUGAGCCAAGCACUUCAUUUGCUUCUUCAUCUGACUGGUAAGGACAACUUUGACAACUGCUGCAACAAUUUACUGGUUGUGGAAAAAAUUGUAAGAUCAUCAAUUCUCUCCUCCGAGGGAUUGUUCAGAAGAGACAGGAUCGAUUCAGGAAGAGAAAUGAAAGAGCUCAAACUGUGUGUGUACAGCCGUAUCAUCUCCUUGCUAGUCACGCAUCAGUCUCUGAAAGGUGAUUCCUUUAUAAAUUUUCUGGGACAAGAUUUGAAAAAGCUUAAGGAUGAGCUGAAGACAUUUGGCUCGCAGCUGAGAAAUAAAGCGAAGGAUGGUCUCCGAUAUUCAACAGAGUUUAUCAUCAAAGCAAUUAACCAUCUUUUAAGGCCCAACGAUAACUUGCAGGACUUUCUAGAUGAAUGUCGAAAGUUCUACCAGAACCAAGAAACCAAACUUGAUGAUUUGAAGGCUCUUAGUGAGCUUAAUUAUAAGAAGAAAGGCGAGUGGCGGAUUGAUCUACAUUACAUCGCUCUUCAUCUCCAAGGAAAGGUGCGCAGUGAACGUCCAAUUCCACGAAUGGAGACCGAGAGAAGAGCUAUGAACCUGCUCAGACUUCUCGUAUUUAAGUACCUUGAUGGAAAUGGUGGACAGGACUGGAGGUUUUGUAUGCUGGCAGCUACAAUAUUCUCAGACAUUUCAAUGAAGAACGAGACAAAAGAAAUAAGGACAGAGGCAGGUAGUAGCUUGGCGUAUCUUCUAAAAGAUCCCCAAGUACGUAAGACUCCGGAGUGCAAGGCCAUCAUUCAGAGCCAAGCCGAGAAAGCGCUGUUCUCUCCUGAUGUAGAAACCAGGACGUUUCUGACCCAUUCUUUGAGUGAGAACAUAAAUCGGGAGGUAGAACUUGACACAAUACAGCACACCAAACACCUUUCUUGGAAAUACAAGACUCAGACACUGGAAAUCAAUGAUACAACCAUAAGUAGAAGCUCGACCUGCUUUGUGAAUCAUGCCAUGUUCCAGAGACAGAAGGUGGCCGUUAAAGUUCUCUUGGUGAAAAGGCAGCAUCUCGUGGAAGAGAACCCAAACCCUUCGGCUAAGGAGAGUCUGAAACGAGAAGCCGAAAACCUGAGACUAUUAAACAAAGAACGGCAGGCAAAAUUUCCAGUUUUGUUGGCAUAUGACACUAAAACUCUGCCAUACCACCUCAUUACCGCAUUUGAAAAAUCAGGGGACCUGUUGCAGUUUCUUCGGAGGUCGCGUGGGAGAAAUCCUCCUCUUCAACCAGUCCAGCUCAUUAAGAUGCUGUUAGAUAUCACUGACGCUCUCCACUUUUUAGAAGUAAAAGGUUUGGUUCAUCGCGCUGUAAUGGCGGAAAAUGUACUCGUCGGAGACAAUUAUAUCUGUAAAUUGAGUGGCAUGCAACACCUUCGGCAGGUUACCAGCCAGGACGAGGAACAAGCACGGCUUGACCCACCUCCCCUUGACUUACAAGUCACAUAUGAAUUUCCUGCACGAAAUGCUGAAGAUAUAAAAAGCUUUUAUUCAGAUCCUGUUUACGAAGACUGUAAUUUCCUGUCUACCGAGCAUGACCAACCUGCGUCAAAUGGUCUUUACUAUGUACACAACUUGGUGUCAGAUGAAGAGAGAGCAGNACAUAGUCAUGAUCAAUUCAACUAUUUACUUUUUUUCAGAGAGCCAAUGAAGUCCUGGAUUAUGAAGUUAUGGCUGCAAAAUCAUGACAAAAGUAAAUGGCCAGAUUUGUCCAUCCGUCAACCACAAGAUGCUUGCCAUGUAACAAAUUCAGACCAACACCCCUCUAGCGAUGUCAUAGAGAAGAUGUGCUCGCCUGACUUCUUCUCCAAGCACGAAUACAAAUACGUCAGCCGCACUUUUUUUACGACAAGCAGCGACGAUGACUACUCAAAAGCAUACGGAACAUCAGACAUGCAAGAGAUGAGGAAUGAUUUAGAGUACCAAACAGCUUGUGGUGAAUAUACAACGGAAGAAGGAACCCCAGAGCUUGUGCCAGUCCCCGAGCCACAAAAGACACCCAACAACGAUGAAUCUGGUUACUUAUGUCCUGUUUCAAUUAAAAUUGAAGAUCUGAGCUCUAUUGAGAGCAACCAGGGAAAUGUUAGCGGCGUAGCAGAUUUCCCAAGAAGCCAUGAACAAAAAAACGUAGUCUCCAGUACAGGAACUUUUUAUCUUCAAGUUAAAAAGGUAAAGAAAAGAGUUGAAACACAUGACGUCAGUGCAAUCGAGGCGAAUGAAGACAAGGUACCACUGAUGGAUGACAAACCUCAUUUGAAUUACGUCAAUCUGGGGCCACAGCCAGAUCAACAUCACGCUGCCUUUUAUCAAAAGAUUGAAUUAGUUCCCAAAGAAGGGAGCUGUGAACUCGAAGAAGAUGCGAAGAAGGCCGCGGCGGCUUGUGAGAAACCAACUGAAGAAAUGAAUGGAGCAGUUUAUUGCAAAGUCAAGAAGACGAAAAAUCCGCACGAAUUAAAGGACCAGCUGGUUCCCCUGAAUCAUCAGUUGUAUGCAAACGUGGACGCUAGCAGUGUUACGACGCAUACCUUGCCACUCGCAGACAUGGAAGGUGAACAGUCUGACAUGGAAACUAUACAUAAAGAAAUGGAAGCGGAGCAAAAUUUCCGUCAGACAGACGAACAUUCGUGGAAUACAGUUCGCGAAAAGUAUGGUGCCGAGAAAAAUGGAAGUAACUCUUCCCUUCCAGACCCUUCACGGGAAAACCCCGUGUUGAGAUUUGUAAAUUAUUUAAACAGUUGUUCAGUGUCCACUGCAAUUUCUUGCACUAGCACAAUACGCAAGGCUUCAUCAAUAAUGGAAGGACAUGGCGUAUUCAAGCAGACUUCGGCUGCACCGACUGUUUAUGUUAACUACAUCACGAAAAUAUCAGGGAGCGGUGCCACAGCUGUAGGACCAGGCGCUCAAGUUAAUAAUUUUCAGACAGUUCCAUCAAGAGAGGAUAUCCGUGUUCAUCCAAAUGACGCGAAUGUUAGCCAUGGAGGUGCAAGAAACAUUAACGUUGGGCGAGAGGAGCAAGUAUAUCAGGAUACGUACACAUACGAAGGGGCCAGACCAGGAAGAAGAUCUUCCGCGUCUGAAAGGAACCCAGGCAGUUAUUGCCUUCCCAACGUCACAGAAGAAUAUUAUCAGCAGCGGUUCGGCUCAAAGUGGACGCCGAAGCCAACUAAAUUCAUCGAUAGACAGCAAGAUUGUGCAGAUGAAACUUUGUCUAAAGAAUCAUUUCUACAAGAUGUCGAUAAAUCUCUGAAAGAAUUUGAAAGUUCAGGUGGACCGCUGAAGGAACAAAAGAAAGAGGUCAUACUACUGCAGGUCCUGCCUUAUCUUGAACAAUCGUGGAGAAAAGCGUCUUCACAAAAAAUGGACGCGUACAUGAUCCUUGCCAAACUAAGCAGUUGCAAAAGCUGUGGUGAAGUUGCAAAGCAUGCUUUGCAGCAGUUUCAGUAUCUGCUCUUUAGAGAUAACCUGGACAGCUGCAAGGAGAGCUUGCUAAAAGUGGAAAAAAUUGUGAGAUCUUCCAUCAUCUCUUCAGACGCAGUAUUCAAGGAAGAAGCAGACUCUGCGCGCGAAGUGAGACUGUCUGUGUACAAGCGCAUUCUAUCCCUAAUAUGCAUUCACCAAAUUCAGGCAAGUUUCUCCACAGUUGACUUCAAACAAGAUUUGAAAAAACUGCAACAAGACCUGAAACAAUACUGCACUCAAAUCUGCUACAAAAAGAAGAAUUAUUUCCGUUACUCCAUGGAGUUCAUCCAGGGGGCAAUCUCCUACUUGUUGAGGGGGUCCAGUAGAGCGACUGCGACAAACUUGGGCGACUGUCUCGACAACUGCCGUUCUUUGCUAGAAGACCAGGAAUCUGAUGUUAUGCAAGAGUUUCCUGAGAAACUCAAGAAAAUUGUAAAGAAAGCAAAAGCGGGAGAUUGGUUUGACCUUCACUGCGUUCUGUGUUAUCUUCACGGAAAGGUGCAUAGUGAACGUCCUACCCCAGAAAUGUGUAUCGAAAGGCAAGCCUUAAUUCUUUUCAGGCGUAUAGUUGAAGCCUAUCAAGAAGGAGGCGGAAGAGACGACUGGAGGUUUUGCCUGUUGGUAGGCUCUCUUCUCUCAGACAUUGUUAUGAACAACAUGACGAAAGAAUUACGAAUCGAAGCAGGUGGCUGUAUGAUAAAUCUUCUAAAGGACAAAAAGCUUCAGAAGAAACCAGAAUGCAGGGUUAUCCUCGAACGUGUGUCGUCUGAAAUGCUAUUCAGUCCUGAUCCUGUCACAAAGAUGCUUUUCGCCAACCAACUCCUUGAAAAUCAAAGUUUCCAACAGCCCCUUCCUGAGGACCUCCACGUUCAACAUCUUAGGAAUCGCUACCGAAAUCAGACACUAGAAAUCAAUAAGCCAACUAUUAGCCAAGGACAGAAGUAUUUUGUUAAGCAUGGUAUGUUUCAAGGGAAGGAGGUGAUUGUGAAAAUUCUUUACGUCACAAAACAAGAUAUCUUGGCCAGUGAUUCUCCCAACCAUUCAAGAAAGAGAGAAAAGAUCAUCUCUGAAGCCUACAGCCUACGUCGCCUGCGCUGCUUCAAUCACCCAAACAUUGCUAUUCUGCUCGGCUGUAACACUAAGAGUCUACCUUAUCACGUCAUCACAGAAUACGAGAGAAACGGCAACCUACUUCACUUCGUUCAAGCUUCACGACGGAACGAUGAGCUCCUACCGACGGCUAUGUUACUUGAGAUGCUCCUUAACAUAAUUGAAGCUCUUCUGUUUUUGGAGAAUCACGGUCUGGUACAUCGCGCUCUGAUGGCUGAGAACAUCCUUGUGGGAGAUGAUUACCGAUGCAAGUUAAGUGGCAUGCAUGCAUUACGAAAACUUCAAAAAGGAACCGCUGAGGAUGGUCGCAAUAACGACGAAAUGUACGACUACUGUACGUCCGAUGAAUGUUGCCUGGAAGUUGUAUGCGAUGAUGAUGGAGAUGAAUCUGUAAGGUCGAAAGCACCAGAGUGUAUUUUGAAAAAGAGCUACAGCACUGCCUCUGAUGUGUGGGCCUUUGGUGUACUCAUGUACGAGGUUUUCACAUAUGGAUGCCGCCCAUACAGAAACAUUCCAGGCGAUAACGAUGUUGCUAAACAUGUUGCAUACAAUAACGGUAUGCCACCAUGUGAGUCGUGCUUCCAGGAUGAAGAAUUUGCAUUAAUGAGGAAGUGUUGGGAACGGAACAGAUCAAGGAGGAUUACACUUUGCAGUUUAAAAGGGGGGUUGCAAAAGUUGCAUGAGAUCGCAAUGGACCCAGAAUCAGAAGAGAAACCAAGAGAUAACCCACCACCGCUGGACAUUUGCAUCAAUGACAAAUUUUGCCAAUGUGAUGAAAAAGGUGAUGAUGCACCCACAAGAUAUAAUGAAGAGGAUGGUCCUUUGGUAAAGGAGAAGAUUACAAAUGCAGACAAAAAUCACUUGAGAAGGCUAUUCAAACUGAACACCCCGCCAACUCUCGCAAAGAUUUCGAAGAUAGACAACUUGGACUCUCAUUAUCCAGUUGUGGAGAUUAUAUCGACGGACCCUCCUCUUGGAAACCUCAAAGAUUAUGUUCUGAACAGACGAUGUCAGCUUGGUGACAUUGUUGUGUUCCUUUCACAAGUGGCCUCUGCCUUGCACUUUCUCCACGUAAAUCACAUCGUUCAUGGAGAUCUACGAGCCGAAUAUGUCAAUGUUGUAGCACCGGACAAGAUAUCGACGGACCCUCCUCUUGGAAACCUCAAAGAUUAUGUUCUGAACAGACGAUGUCAGCUUGGUGACAUUGUUGUGUUCCUUUCACAAGUGGCCUCUGCCUUGCACUUUCUCCACGUAAAUCACAUCGUUCAUGGAGAUCUACGAGCCGAAUAUGUCAAUGUUGUAGCACCGGACAAGGUUGAAGUAACCCGUUUUGGUCGCUCCUUGCUUUUACCAAAAAGGGCGAAUGAAAGCACUUCUGCCUCAUGUGUAGUUCAGCGUAAUAUGCCACCUGAUGCAACGCGAUGGAGCGCACCUGAGGUGAUCCAAGACAAUAACUAUUCUCAUGCUAGUGAUGUUUGGGCUUUUGCGGUCCUAGCUUGGGAACUGUACACUGCCUUUGCAACAGGCCAGGAGCAUAGGGACUACUCGAUCCCUUAUCGUAGCCAUGCUGCUGAAGAGGUUAUUCAUCAAAUUAGAAACGUUGGGCCUCUAUCACGACCAGACGGCUGCCCUGAUUGGGUGUAUAUUGUGAUGCAUCAGUGCUGGGCAUUCGACCCAGUACAGAGGCCUCCGUUCAUCGCCAUCUUUGAUUGUCUCACUACAAGACAACCAAUGGACUCUUGGCUUAUGUCAUUGUGGAAAGAGCGCCACGAAAAGAGCGAAUGGCCUGACCUACCAAUUACUCAGACUGAAAACGCCUGUCACAUCAUCAACAAAGACAAAGACUGUAUUAAGGACAUCAUAGAGCAGAUGUGUAACGAUGGUUAAAAGCUUUCAGAACACGAUUAGAGUU